AUGGAAAACUCGGCCUUGCCACAUCGCAACGUGGUCAACAUCGACCCCGAGGGAGAUCUCUUGUUGGACGUAGGGGGAGACGAAGACUCUGAAUCGUCCCAGCCACAGCGGCUACGUGUCUGCUCCUCCACGCUCCGCCGUCAUUCGCCAGUCUGGAAACAGAUGCUUUUUGGUCCUUGGACGGAAUCAAAGCCAGCCAAUGUCAAGUCCGAGGAGUGGAUUGUAAAGCUUCCUGGAGACUCUGUCAAACCACUGCAGAUUGUCCUGAACAUCAUACACGGACGGUUCAGCCAGAUUCCUCACUCUCUCGAUCUCGAUGAGCUCUACAACCUUCUCAUUUUCACCAACAAGUACGAUUUAACUGGCACUUUGAGACCAUGGUGUGUACAGUGGGCAGUGGUCGCCCACGGGGACCUAUUUUCGGAAGACACUCUUAAGUCCUUGUUUGUUGCAUGGGAGCUAGGAGAUGAGAACCUCUUCGCUCUGAGGAUUGAGGAGAUCUCCGUCAAUACCAGCCCCCAAGACAGCUUCCCGUCCAUUCAGGCAGUGAACCUUUUCAGAAAGCCCGGUCUGGCAGGAGGUUCUGAGGCUGAAGAUGAAGAGUGGAUUGUUCUUGAGCAUCAAGAUUACCUCGGUCCACAUGAUAUCAUUGAUGUCCUACUAUCAAUUCGAAAGAAAGUGCUCUCCAUGAUUGCCAUGGCUGUUGAUGAUGACGUGGUAUCUCGGCGAUAUCCACCUCUUGGAACGGCCUGUUCUGCUUCUCAAAAUCAUAACAGUGGGAGGGUGAGGGGCACCGCAACCCUUUGUGACGCGGCCAUCUUCGGCGGUCUUCUGAUCCACAUGGACCAGCGCCUCACGAACAGAGGUACCAUCAAGACGGACAGCGUUGUCCAAGUGGCAGCUUCCGUAUUCUCGAACAUAAAGUUGAUCGAGGUUCUGCCAAAUCAUACGCAGUGUUCCUUGCACAGAAAGUAUGAGGCUCUUGACCAGGAGAUACAUGAAAGACUUCCUGGUCUUGUGGCGGAGCACAUUAAGCCGGCCCACAGAAAGUACAUGGAAAAGCAGAGGAACAAGACAGGCAUCGAGUUGUCUUCACAAGCAGAAAGAAAGCAGACUCAAGCUAGUACCCGUCGGUAUUGGUGA